AUGCCUCCCAAGUUCGACCCCAAUGAGGUGAAGAUCAUUCACCUGCGAGUGACUGGUGGUGAGGUCGGAGCCCAGUCUGCUCUGGCUCCCAAGAUCGGUCCUCUCGGUCUGUCCCCCAAGAAGAUCGGUGAAGAUAUCGCCAAGAACACCGGUGACUGGAAGGGUCUGCGUGUUACCGUCAGACUCACCAUCCAGAACCGUCAGGCCGCCAUCUCCGUUGUGCCUUCCGCCUCUUCUCUGGUCAUCAAGGCCCUCAAGGAGCCUCCUCGUGACCGUAAGAAGGAGAAGAACAUCAAGCACAACAAGUCCGUUCCUCUUGACGAGAUCAUUGAGAUCGCUCGCAAGAUGCGCCACAGGUCUUUGGCCAAGGAGCUUCAGGGUACCGUCCUUGAGAUCCUCGGUACCGCUUUCUCUGUUGGUUGCCAGGUUGAUGGCCGCAGCCCCAAGGAUAUCAGCGAUGAGAUCAAGGCUGGCGAGAUUGACAUCCCCUCUGAGUAA